AUGUCGCUGCCUCGAACCACGACUGCCUUUGCGCGCUCCAGCUCGACAUUCCUACGAUUCGCCGCUCCCUCGGCUACUCCCCGCAGAUGCCCGCAAUGCGCGCGCACUUUCGCCUCGUCGAUACCGUAUCGGCAGUCAGCUAAGCGUCAGAUGCAGACGGCGACUGCCUACCACCCUUCUUCGCUAUACCCUCAGCCGCCACCAAGGAAUGCUGGCGUACCCGACACAUCGAUAGCAGGUGGAGCCGAGGCAAACAAUGCGAAAACCCCACAACUGCCACCGCAAGAACACAUCCCAGCCACACCAUCCGAGCAACCGAACGUGAGCAUACCUGAAGGAGAAGCACAGAAGCCACAGCAGGCAGCGGGCGCCAGCAAGCCGUUACGGCCGCGUCGCUACAACUUCGGGCCACGGAAGGCCACCAUUAAGCUUUCACAGUCGGCAGUAUCUCACCUCCGCGAACUCCUUGAGUUACCAGAGCCCAAGCUUAUCCGGAUUGGCACAAAGGCAAAGGGCUGCUCGGGGUUAGCAUAUCACUUGGAGUACGUGGACAAGCCAAGCCCGCUGGAUGAGCAGGUCGAGCAGGAUGGUGUCAAGGUCCUGAUCGACAACAAGGCGCUGCUGAACAUCAUUGGAAGCGAGAUGGACUGGCUGGAGGACAAGUUGAACGAGCGAUUCAUCUUUAAGAACCCCAACAUCACGGAGCAAUGUGGCUGCGGAGAGUCCUUCAGCGUAUCAUGA